AUGACCACAAGGAACAACCCAGCAGCUUUGCCAGUUAUCGAUGCAACAUCGCCACAACAGACUCCUGCAAGGGUAAUAAAUAAGCCGAAAUCUGUGGUGAGACCGAUGCUGAAACAAAACCAGCCGUUGUCCAGCGCUGCUGGAGUACAGGCAAGUUGCAGUUUAAAAAUUCAACGACUACGGCUAAUUCAACGACUACGAUUUGCUGCUAACUAUUCUUUCCUGGAUAACAAAGCAAAAUCAGGGCGAGUCGCUUCGGAGCCGUCGUACAUAUCGCGUAAGCUAGCAAAACCUCUCAGGCCGUCACCCACCUCAAAAGCAGCUGCUGCCACAGCACCAGUGCGUACACGGACCGCAGUUCGGGCUUCAUCGCCUUCCACAGUUGAAGAUCUAACGUUCGGAACUGAGAAACCAAAACGGCGUCAUACUGAUGUUCCCAGGAAGGCAAGUACACUUUUCUACCAUACUUUAGAUGCCUAA